AUGGCAACCCUCGUCCAAUCCACUACAACAAAUAGCUUUCAACCUCAACCCACCAUCCCCUCUUCUGCCUCCCAAUCACUUAACAACAUGACUUUCAAUACGCAACCGCAUAACAAUUUUCAACGGAACAUGUCGUUUCCUCAGGCCCAGUCCGGUGGAAAUGCAAUCAAUGGUUACCGUGGGAUCGCCACGGCUCCCGUUGCUCCAUAUGCCUUCAAGUCGACCCCUAAUCUGACGACGAAUGAUCCAAAAUUCCAGCCGAACAAACAGGAGGUACGAGCGAGCGCAGGUUUUGAUAACCAACCGCGCCAAAGACAGCCCACGCCUCAUACCAACACUGCGAUCCAACAAAUCCCAUCGAAUACAGCCCUCAACCACCCGCACCAGCAAACGCAGAGCAGUGUAAGGCCGAAUCCCACAGUUCACGGAGGCGGCCCUUCUCAUACACCGACGGCCCUGCCGGCAGCCUCACGACCACCCGCAGAUAGGUAUCGUCGAAAUGUUAAACGAUCGGAAAGCUUUGGUCAUGGUGGUGUUGGGGACAGCUUACCUCAGGCACCGGUGGAUGCCCUAUCCAACAUGAGCAUUUACAGCAAUCCAGGUAAAGCCAGCAGCAGUCCAGCACUACCUCUGUCGGGUUCAAAUUCAGCAUCCGCAUUUGGUAGUCGAACCUAUGCCGAGGCAGUGGCGGUGGGUGUAAAACCAGUAUAUGCAACUGGGGACCGGGCGUUUAGCAAGGACGACACCCUGGCGUUGAAGCAAACUAAUGCUCGCAGCAAACUUCAGCAAAAAGAAUUGAUGGAUAGGAGGAGAUCGAUCGGCGCUUUUGAUCUCAAUACACAGGUCGGGAACUCCGCUGGCGGGUUACAUAACGGCAAUCCUUUCAUGUUUAAUCAACCGAACUUCUUUCAACCAACUCCACCAAGGUCUCCUGCCACGGAGAACUCGUCUCCUGCUACACUCACAUCACCUGGGAAUCCCUUCCACCGUAGAGAAAGCUCUGACAGUAUCUCUUCUAAGAAUUCCUCGAAUGGUUCACAAACACAUAAGGUAAAACAGCAGCAACAGCAAGUUACCAACUCAACCGCUACUGUGAAGCAAAAUUCAUCUAUCGACUCGGUUUCGAGUUCUCGUGGUGCCUCCGAUGCCAAAAAGAGAUCUACCAACCCGUCGCCUCUUUCGAAACCUGUGACAAUGAGCCCCGACCCAAACAAGCCAGAAGGAGUCAAAGAGCCAGAGCCAGAGCCAGAGAUAACACCAGUCCGGCCAAGGACUGGAGGCAGCGUUGCUGCAGAUAGACUUGCUGCACUGCAAGCUGAAUCUCGCAAGGGAUUUAAAUCGAGACUACGUAGGGCAUUUUCCUUUGGAAGCGCUGCGGAACUCAAGCAGGCAGCUGCCCUGAGCGCAGAAGAUCGACAGCGUCUUAGGCAAGAACGAGAAGAUGCAGAACAAAUGAAAAUAGCCGAGCGGCAGGAAGCCGGUGGACUAGGAAACUCAAUCUAUUCCAAUAACCAAGGUGGUAUCUUUUCUGGCUCCACGGACAAUCUCUCGAUCUCCUCCACAGCUUCUUCCGCAUCUGUAAUGUUAAGAAAAAUGGGCAAGGGGAUGAAGCGAGGAUCCAGAAGCUUCGUUGGGCUUUUUCGACCAAAAUCUGUUAUUGGCGUUGAAGCGGCAUCUGGACCAAUCGCCACACCCGUAGCCAUCGAGCCAGCCACGGCCCAAGUGAGCAUGGUUACUGUCGAAGCAGAGAGGGAGAGAGUCAAUGUCAAUGCGAGCCCCUUAGAACACACCGGGGGCGGAACAGGGUUCCCAAAAUUGGAACGUAAUUCACUCGACGCCGGAAGACAGGAACCGGGCACAUCUACCGAGGCAGCUUCUAGACGAAGCAUAGUUGGCGGGGAAAGGGAACGGGCCGAAGUAUUGGCAGCUGUUAAAAAGGGCAUUCUUAAACAACCUGGCAGCUCCUCGCCAGUCGUUAAACCCACAACUGAGCUCCCUGCCGACUUACAGCUUCCCCAAAUUCCCAUAAUAUCUUCACAACCUACUACUCCAGAUGUCCCCGAUAACAAGGAGACAAAUGAAGACUACUUUCUAGCACCGAACACAGCUCCAAAGUACACGGUCCCAAAGAGUCCCUCAUCGAGUGCAAUCUCCGCACCCGUCACUAACCAGGAAAUCACCAAAGCAAGGGCCUCUGUAUCCUUUAGCCAAAAGCUGACAUUCUACGAAACAUGGACCAGUGGGGAAUACGACCGACGAGGAGAAAUCUCUACUUGCAAUAAGUUAACCCCUGCACUAGCUCAGCAAAUCAAGGAAGAGCUUAACACAUUCAAAAUGGAAAUGGAGGUUCACGAGAGCUCUAGAGUCUAUACUCACUUCUUUUAA